GUCAAGCAAUUGCAAGUAAAAACAGUGCCAGUUUGACUGGGGACAGCUGAGGCAGAGCGACACCCGCAAGAUUUCCCUGACAGACAGCCAACACUCACCUGCACAGACAUGGAGGACGAAAUUGCUGCCCUGGUUGUUGACAACGGCUCCGGCAUGUGCAAAGCUGGAUUUGCUGGAGACGAUGCCCCCCGUGCCGUCUUCCCCUCCAUCGUUGGUCGCCCCAGACACCAGGGUGUGAUGGUGGGAAUGGGACAGAAGGACAGCUACGUGGGAGACGAGGCCCAGAGCAAGAGAGGCAUCCUGAGCCUGAAGUACCCCAUCGAGCACGGCAUCGUCACCAACUGGGACGACAUGGAGAAGAUCUGGCAUCACACCUUUUACAACGAGCUCCGUGUUGCACCUGAGGAGCAUCCGGUCCUGCUGACUGAAGCUCCACUCAACCCCAAGGCCAACAGGGAGAAGAUGACACAGAUCAUGUUCGAGACCUCAACACUCCUGCCAUGUAUGUGGCCAUCCAGGCCGUCCUGUCGCUGUACGCCUCCGGUCGUACCACAGGUAUUGUGUUGGACUCUGGUGACGGUGUCAGCCACACUGUGCCCAUCUACGAGGGUUACGCCCUGCCUCACGCCAUCCUUCGUCUGGAUCUGGCUGGCAGAGAUCUGACUGACUAUCUGAUGAAGAUCCUCACAGAGAGGGGAUACAGCUUCACCACCACCGCUGAACGUGAGAUUGUGCGUGACAUUAAGGAGAAGCUUGAUUACGUGGCUCUGGACUUCGAGCAAGAGAUGCAAACAGCAGCUUCCUCUUCC